AUGGCGUCGCCACAGCGCGACACCGUCAAGCUGGUCAGCGCGGAGGGCUUCGAGUUCAUCAUAGACUACAAAGCCGCCUGCGUCUCCAACACAAUACGCAACAUGCUCAGCUCCCAAGGCGAGCACCGGCGGCGGGCGGAGCGGCGCACCCCAGC